AAGGUGAGGAGGAUGAGGAGCACCGACAGGAACGUCAACGCCGCCCCCAGGACGCCUAAAACACCGCCCUGUCUCACUUCUCCACCUGCACACACCAACAGAGGCAGUUAAACCAUGCUUCGCCUUCAGCUAAUCACGCUGCGAGCUGUCGCUUAGCAACCGGAGGAGGCGUCCUCAGAGCCGUGGGCGCCCUCUUCAGGUCACGAGAAGAAGUUACGGGCUGUUUGUGAAAGCAGAAGCUCCUGCGCCGUGCAGGUGGAUGUCGGCCUGUCGGCCCGCGGCCCCCGUUCGCCAUGGCAGCGGCUCUGCCGGAGUGUUACCAUGGAGCCAUGACCAAGAGGGAGUGUGAGGAGAUUCUGGGGAGGAAGAACAAGGACGGAGCGUACCUGAUCCGAGAGAGCGAGACCAUCCAGGGAGCGCUGUGUCUCUGCGUCUACAAACAGAAGGUGAUUUAUACCUACAGAAUCCUCCAGGCGCACAAUGGAAACUACACCCUGCUGACAGCAGGAGGUUUGCAGGAGACGUAUUUUAAGACUCUGGGCGAUUUAAUCCGUAACUACAAGAGGAAGAACCAAGGUCUGGCCGUUCAUCUGCGCCACGCGGUGAAGAAGAAAACGCCCAUGUUGAUCCAGCCGCCGAGGAGACCAGAAACACAACCUGAAGCUCCGGCCGCAGCGUCAGCCAGAGGAUCAGCCAGAGGAUCAGGUGGAGGAUUGGGCGGAGCGUCGGGCGGAGCGUCGGGCGGAGCAUCGGGCGGAGCGUCAGCCGGACACUCAUUGCACAGAGGAGCUGCUCCUUUAGCUGAAGAGGAAAAUGACUAUGAGAAUGAUCCAAUUUCAGAUUAUGUGGAAGUUAUUCCAGAUUAACUCCAACCAACCUCAAACCGAAGGACAACAAGAACACAGACUGAACUUGUUCUGAACAUUAGAGACGCUUUAUUUUUUUAUGAAAAGCUCUGAGGAGAUUUGUUGCAUUUGCACAAUUUAGGUAAAAAAGACUGAAGAGGUGAGCUAAUGCAGAGUGAAUUUCCUCCCAGCUAUUGACUCUGAAUGAAAGGAUGAACUUCUGCACUUUCUUCUCACCUCAUUCCUGUGAGCAGAGGAAGAAGAAAGAGGAAGAGGAGGAAGAGGAGGAGGAGGAGUACUGCUCUGAAAUGAAAACAAGUUGCAUUUAGUUUGACAUUUUGUUUUACUCCUGGCAAUCAAAACCUUGAUAUUUAAUAUUCAUUUCAUUUGAAUGAUACAAACAUUUUUGUGCUGUUUGUUCUGAUGUGCAUAAAAUAAAUUUUAUCUGAACGUCAUUAAAGGGUCAUAAGCUGCAAAACGCAACAAAACAGCAAGAAUUUAAAUUCCUUCUUUCAUCACUAAGAAGUGCAUGAAGGACGUCAAGUGAUCAAUGAAACGUUUCCUCAUUAGUGAGAUAAUCUGCCAGUGGAACGAGAACUUUAUCGACUUAAAAUAAGCUCCUAUAUCUUAAUCAAAAGUUAAUUGUAAAUUAAUUUUCUCUUGUUUGAAAUGUACAAAGAUAUUUGCAUUAUAAACCAAAUCAAAAAUACUUGGUAACAUUUUGCGGUGCAUUUGACAGCAGCUCAGGACAUUUCUCAUCGAUGAAACAGAAACCUCAGAAAAUAAAGUCAGUUUUAAGAGAUUUUACAUCGUGUCAGAAAACCUGAGACCCAGAAAUGCAGAAAGAAACAGAAAAACCAUCAGAAAAGGUUCAGACUGAGGGAUGUUUAGCUGAUGUGGCGUCUCCAAGAAGCUCAAAGAAACUGAAAGUGAAAGGAUGUUUAAAACUUGAUUCAAUAAAUAAUUUCUAAAUGUUUUUGCACAUAUUUUGGGAUUUCAAGUUUUUCAAGUGCAGAUAUUUUCAGCAGAAAUUUGAGAAAAAUAAUUAUAAGUGUGUUUUUGCAGUGUGAAAAAGAGUUUUGGUAGUGUGCAGAAACUUCCAAUUCGCUUGUAAAGUUUUUUGGGUUUUUUUGGUGUAUUGAUUGCUAAUUCCACUAAGAUCAUCCACUGAUUGAAAAAGCAGACAGUCUGAAGGAAGACGACAUCUAGCAUGCAGAAAAAUAAUUACAAAGAGCCUGUAAAAAGGAGAACUGGACACAGACUAGACCAUACAUGUCAGUUAAAUGUGGAAGUAGAUCAUUUUUACUAUCAUAUGAGUCCAUAAUAAGAAACCAAAAACAACAAUGAGUCACUGCUGAGCUGCAGCAGCAAACUACGACUGGAGGAACUGAAAGAAACCCAGCAGCAGAAAUAGAAACUUUUUAAAAUCUGUCGCUGCAUUAAUUUCCCACUUUAGCUCAGGAAGUUUUGAGUACAAACAUGCAAACAGAUCGCUGCAGUUCAUCGUGUUCAUCCAGUGAAACUCGUUUCAUUACACCAGAGGGACAAGACUUUAAAGAUUUUAAAUCAACUCUGAAGCUGAAGAAACACGGAAUAUAUUUAUGGUCAACCAUUAUGUUUGAGUAGAGAACAGAACUGAAACUGUCAGUUCAUUUCAGCACAAAUUAUCUCUGCCUAAAGAGCUACAUCUAACUAAAUAGUUAGAUAGCUAAAUAGUUAGCCUACAAUUAAAAAAUUUGGUCCAAACUCAAUGGGUUGAAGCUACAAAUUUAGUUGGCAACCUAAAUAUUUAGACCAAAAACUAAAUAUUUAGCUCCAUAGUAAAUAGUUUAAAGCUAAGAAUUUAGUUAGCAAGUUAAAUAUUUGGCCCACUUCUAAAAAUGUAUCUAGAAGACCAAAUAUUCGGCUCCAAACUAAAUGUUUUGGAGCUGGAUCAGACUGGACCUGGGGCCUUUGGAUCUGAAUGCUGCAGCUGAAGUGGAACCGUAUCGGACCAGGUAACUUCUCUACAAUCUGUUGUCCGGUUCUGAUGAACCGGCAUUGCUGUGCGGAUCGUUGGGAUUCUCUGCUGCUGCAGCUCUUCUUCCUCUGUUGUGCCUUUAAAGUAGGGUGACCAGACGUCCUCUUUUUCCCGGACAUGUCCUUCUUUUCAGACCUAAAAAAAUGUCCGGGGGGAAUUUAAAAAUCGUCCGGGAUUUUGGUCAACUGCCUCA